GUUAACAAUGAAAAGAAAUAUUACAGGUGCGUUAUUUAAACAGUUGUAACAACGCAUGCUGAUGUGUAACUAUAUUUUUUGGAACCCCGCUGCUGUAUUUAAGAGGUGCGCCCUAUCAAAUGCAUCUCCCACAACUUUUAGGUACUGCUAGUGAAGUGUAGAGAAAUUCCUAUUUCAAAAUGAGACCCCGUAUUUAUGUACCAGUCUUUGUAAGUGUGACCAGAAGGUGUUGUGUUUGAGGGUGAUGUCACUGUCCAUGCUGCUGACUUUGCUUCACUAGGUCUUGGCUUACACUCCUUUGCCAAUUUGCAAAGCUAGCAGAAAACUUACCUUACCUAUUAAGGUGAGCCACUCUGGGACCCUAAUAUUUUGUUUUAUGCUUGUGUGGAUCUUUACGAAACAUUGGAUUCAGCUGAAAGGAACCCCUCACACCUGCUUUUGUUAUACUCAUAUUGUUUUGCUGGAAUUACCCAUGCACCUUUACCCACGAAAAUGUCUUUGUUAAUGCCGGUACCUUUUUUGUUCUUAAUGCUACUCACAUGUCUGUUAUUCGAGAAGUUUGGUGUCUCCUGGGCACUUUUUUUGCAAAGACAAGUAACCCAAAACUUAUUUUUGUUAUUAUCAGUUAUCUUGAACUUUGGAACAAACACUGUCCUUUGCAUUUUCUUCAAGUCUUUCUAAGAACAAGCUGCAUACCUUUAUUCGGGCACCAACUUUCUACCCGAAAUUUUUCCCCCUUUCUCUUAACUUGAUCAUGUUUCUUGUCGUUGAAACUCCUUCUGCAUGCACGGCAUUUUAAGUCCUUCUGGACAUAUCUGGUUUCAUUUAAAACAGAGUCCAUUGUUCCCAGUAAUGAUAUGUAUCGCUUUUACAAAACAGUAUGUCUGUUGUAAUACAAGAGCUUAGGGAUUACAAGGAAUUUAAUAGGUGCAUAUAUUAGGUGCUGAGAUUAUAGGAACACUAUCAGGCUGAGCAGCAGAGAGCUAGUCCCUGGAAAGGAACGCAACGGACCUGAUUGAAGAUGGUGCUAAUCACUUCGAAAAGUGUGCAGUUCGGGGCGUUUUUUGUGUCUUUGGUCGGCUUCGUGAUAUCUUUUGUAACCACCUUUCUGCCCAUGUGGAAGACCCUCAACACAGAUCUCAAUGAAAUGGAGAACUGGUAUCAGGGGCUGUGGCAUACGUGCGUGUUUCAAGAUGAAGUGGGUCUUCAGUGCAAAGCCUAUGACUCCUUCCUAGCUCUGCCUGCGGACAUCGUGGUCUCCCGGGUGAUGAUGUUCAUCUCCAUCAUGAUGGGACUCCUCAGCCUGAUCGUGACCAUGUUCGGAAUGGACUGUGUCAAACUGGGAGACGGCAAGGAGGAGAUGAAGAAGAAGCUGCUGAUUCUUGGAGGGGUGCUCUCGGUGGUUUCUGGGAUUACAACCCUAUUCCCUGUCUCCAUGGUGGCAUACGCAAUAGUCUCCGAGUUCUGGGACGAUAACCUGCCUGAUAUUGUCCCGAGAUGGGAGUUUGGGGAGGCCAUGUUCUCAGGGUGGUUUGCUGGUUUAUUUCUCUUGCUUGGCGGAUCCUUUCUUUUUGUAUCCGUGUGCAUGAUGAAGGACAGGCACCCGAGAAUCUACUACUUAAACACUGAAAAGCAGAAAGAGCUGCAGUAUUUAAAGACAGUGGUGUUAUAGUCAUGACGAUUCCUGGUUAAAAAGAUUACAGUAGGUUGCUAAACUCACAAAAAUACAAUGGGAAUGUGAAAAAAGUAUUGCAACUGCUUAUAAUUUGCAACUUUCAAUUGAUCACCUUUGUUGCAUCCGCUAUUUUAUUUUAGGUAAUUAAACUUGUUUGCAGAUUUUUAUGGAGUUUAUUUUAAUUAAAAUGUCAUUCAAGCAGAAGGCACAGUGCAAUGUUUUCUUUAAAAAUUUUAUAUUCAAAGUUGUGAAUUUCUGAUAUUUUCACAAUGCCUUCUUCACAUGCAUAAAAUCAUUUGUGAUUGUGUGUUGGAAUGAUUCACCUGCAUCAUUUUCUGAUUGUCAGUUUCCUCACAUCUGAAUUUUAUUUUUUCCAUAGAAUAAUUAUACGCAUCUCAAGUGAAGCUAAAAAAAAGCAGACAACUUUCAUUAUUAUAAAUAAAACAUUGCGCAGAUCAGAAAAUACGUUGCACACGCAUGUUGCAAGCAGGGUUAAAAACAAUGACCCUUUUUUUUUUUUAAAGCAUUAGGACCAUGGUAUGCCAGUGCUUUAUUAAUUUAGCUCACAGUAUCUAAUAUUUAGAUGUCUUUCAGCUGUAGUUUAUAAUCCUAAUUCACUAACUGCUUUUUCUACGUGAUCAAAUUACCUUUCCUAGAAAUCUCUUCUGACUGGUAACGUGAAAUCCUCCUGGCCCUAUCCAGUUUCAUUUAAAGACAGGAGCAUAUUGUACUUUUUGUGUUAUUACAAUAAAGCACUAAGAAGCCAUUUAUUCCAAAGUAGCAUAUUAACCAUUUAGGUACCACAGUAUCUUCAAGCUUUCAUAGACUUAGCAUGGAAACUUUUUUUUUCAGUUGAGGGGAGUAAGUUGUUCUGCUUUGUAGCUUUGCAGAAGUUUGCUGAAUAUUCAUUUAUCUGAUAUUCACUGUAGUAAUUAACACUAGUGGAUAUGAAUUCUGCAUGAGCACAUUAUUCAGGUAAAGAAAUUAUUCCAUUAAGCGACAUGCAGCUAAGUGGGGUAUACUGUAAAUUAUAUACAAUGUUUUUUUUUUUUUUUUUUAAGACAGGAUGGCCAUCUAGGUUGCAUUAGUCACAGUCACUGCUGCAUCUUGGGAAUGGUUAAAUGCUGUAUUGUUAAUGUCUUGUUGCUUUACUAAGUGGAAUAGUAAUACUUUAGUAGGGUUUGUGGAGCCCCAGGGGCUUUCAAAAUGGAUUUGGUCCUCAGCAGAGUCUUUUUUGGCUCUAUUUUUUGGCAAUAAUCUCCAAGAUUUCCAAUGCUUUUAGUUUCUUCUAACGGCUGUGGACCCCGGGGCCCUCUUAAUCUCUUCUGAUCUGCCAAACCAGGUGAAGGCAAGCCAAACUGUAACUCUUAAUUACUUCUUUUUUUUUUUUUUUUUUUUUUGGACUGAAACUUUUGGAUUCAGAAUUCUGAAACUCCAGAUAGAUUUGCUGUUAUUGCUGUUUGUAAUGUGGCCUUUUUCUUUCCGGGUUGGGCUAAAUUGUGUGCCUAAAAACAGUCUAUGUAUCUUCCAUUCAAUGAAAUCUACAAAUUCAGUGAGAUAGAUUCAGUGAGAGAGAUCAGUGAGUAAAUGAGUUAGAGACUCUUGUAGUGAGAACUGAAAACUCUGGCUCCAAAUUCCAACACCCUGCAUAAUGUCAUACUGCAAUAGGAUCAGCACAAGAGGUUUUAGGGAAAUGUUUAGACUUGACCUUGCUGGAAUAUUAGCUGCUUCGAGACUUGGGAUUCUUGGAAACUAGCUAUAGGCCACUGUCUCUGCUCAUGUCUCUUCAGCUAGUGAACUGGCACACUGAACCACAAGACAAAGUUGUGUGUUCUUCCUAUUGAAAACUAUCAAUCUGUUUCACAAAAACAAAACACAAUAUAACAUGUUGGAAUGUAAAAUGGAAUUGAUCACUACAUUUUACAUUCCAACAUGUUAAGAGCAGACAUGUAGUAAUGUUUUACGUUACGUGUGCUGGUUUCAUUUUGUAUGUUGUCUUGAUCCUACUGCAGCCUUGGUGACACUUCAUGCCCAGGUCAUCACUGGAAUGGAGAACUUGUUAUCAGUGGCAUCUCACCUGGUUAAAUAAAGGAACUGAUUCAUU